UGUUUGGCGCCAAAGCGAGGAGGUGAGGUUGCGCGCUUUGCAGUUCUGAACAAUAGAAGUGCCGCGGCCGAGAGCCCAGCGACCGUUUGGCGUGACUGAACUUGGCAGUUGACAGGACCGCGGGACUCGAGAGCGUCGGUCAUGUUCUGCGAAAAGGCUAUGGAGCUUGUCCGCGAGUUACACCGCGCGCCGGAAGGGCAGCUGCCGGCCUUCAACGAGGAUGGACUCAGACAAGUUCUGGAAGAGAUGAAAGCUUUGUAUGAACAAAACCAGUCUGAUGUGAAUGAAGCAAAGUCAGCUGGACGAGGUAAUUUGAUACCAACCAUCAGAUUUCGGCAUUGUUCUUUGUUAAGAAAUCAACGCUGCACUGUAGCAUAUCUGUAUGACCGGUUGCUUCGGAUUAGAGCACUCAGGUGGGAAUAUGGCAGUGUCUUACCAAAUGCUUUGCGAUUCCACAUGUCUGCUGAAGAAAUGGAGUGGUUCAACCAUUACAAAAAGUCUCUUGCUACUUACAUGAGGUCACUGGGAGGAGAUGAAGGCUUGGACAUCACACAGGAUGUAAAACCCCCCAAAAGCCUAUAUAUUGAACACUUUUUGCCUCGGUGGAAGUGUGAGCAGUUAAUCAGACAAGGGGUUCUAGAGCACGUGCUGUCCUGACUGCGUCCGUGAUGACAACAGCAGGGUACUUCAGGCUCUGCCAGGUGUGAAGCUGAGUCUAGCGCAUGUAAAUAUCCUCACUGGACCUCCCUCCUUCUUUGACUUUAAAUUUACAGACAUGCUCUAAGACAACCAUGGAGGGCGCUUGGCGUGUAGCUCAGUGGUAGAGCACUUGCUUAGCAUUUGAGAAACCCUAGCACCUCAACAGACAGGACAACAAAAGUCAAAGAGCAGGUUAGACCAGGAGCACUUGGCUAGUAGUAUCAUCUGCCAACUGUGAAGCCUUUGUUACAAGCUGUGUCUUCUGGUCAUUCCAUUCCCACAGUAAAUGCUCUCCUUUUAUGAAUAAAAAUAAAGUCUUUAGUUUGAA